UCAAAUUAAACAAAACAUUGACAAGGCUAAAUCGAGAUCGUGACGUGAGCAGUAAAGACUUCCUUGGAAAAAAAUUUCCACGAAUGACAACACUGGCAAAGAAUCAGAGCAUUACCGAAACUAUGUAAAGCAAAAAAGCAGCUUCGUCAGGGAAUAAACCAUCAAAGGUCAGCGCGCUACCUAGCUAGCCAAGGAAUAGACGUCCAAGAUUUUUGCCUCAUGGGACUUCAAAGUCGCAAAUCGCCAUGAUUGUUUCUUCCUUCUACACGUCUACUACUUGAUAUGGUUUCCCAAAACACGUUUAUUUCUCUGAUCGAAAACUUAGAAGACUAGAUGUAAUGGCUACCAAAGAUGAGAUAAUCUACACCGCGUUUCAACAAGAAGAAUAGUAACUGCUCUGCUCCGAUACAAUAUAUCAUGGGCAGUGGGAUCUCAAAGAAACAAACUCAAACGCCGGCGGCACGGACGAAGAAGAAAGGAAAAAAAGACGGGUACUUGUUAAAAAGCGUACAAGAACAUGAGGGAGCGAUAAACGCGAUUUGUAUUAGUCACGAUGGAAACACGAUCGUCACCGUUUCUGAAGACAUGACUGGUCGGCUUUGGGAUACAAGGACUGAAGAGUGUGUAGGAUUAUUACAAGGCCAUAAAGGUUAUAUCACGAGCGUGUGUGUUUCGGAAAGGUAUAUAUUUACCAGUUCGGCCGACAAGACUGUUCGAAAGUGGAACUUAGAGAGCGGAGCCUCGAUAAAAAUAUUUGUCGGCCACCAUUCGACUGUAAAUCGUGUAAUCUGCUCAGGGGACUUAGCAUUUUCAAGUUCUUACGACAAAACAGUGAAAUGCUGGCACGCGGACACAGGUGAAUGCUUACGAACUUUCCGCGGGCACCGGUUAUCGGUGAUGCCGCUGCAACUAGUGUCGGAUUCAAACCGUGGAGCGGCGUUCGGAGCAGAUUUGGAAAACAACGAUGAUAUUCUCAUUUCUGGUUCGGUUGAUGGAACAGCUAAGAGCUGGGGAAUGAAUUCAAACGAAUGCCUUGUUACUUACAAAGGACAUAGCUCAGCAGUGACCUGCUUAGCCGUGGACGGUAAAGGAAAAACUUUAUUUACUGGUUCGGCCGAUACGACGAUUCGCUCUUGGGAUCUUCUCACUGGAGCUCCUAUAAAGACCUUGCAGGGUCACCAAGGCACUAUUAUACAGCUACAGGUUGUCAACAAGCUGAUGUACUCCUGUAGUGCAGAUCACUCAGCAAAAUGCUGGGUGGUUGAAUUUGGCGACUGUACGCGGACAUACAAGGGACACAAACAUACAAUAAUUAAUCUGCAAUUCUCCGACAGCCUAAUAUUUACCUGCAGUGGAGAUAAGACCCUCAAAGUAUACGAAUCCAAAUCUGGCACAUGUAAAAGAACAUUCAGUGCAUCAGGACCAGUUAGUUGUUUUGUGGCUACUAAAGGAAGGAUAUACAGUGGCUGUCAAGAUGGCAGCUUGAUAAUUUUGGAUGCUACAAAACUUAGAGAGGAUGAAGAUGACAUAUACCACAAUGUCCAGGAAAAUGGCAUUAAAAAGUAAUUCACAAAGGCUGGUUAACUGGGAUCCUUAAAAAACAAACCAACACAACAAAACAUCAUUUGCACAUGAAUUUUUAUUAAGAGAUAAUGCUCAAGCAGUUCUGCAUAGCUAAGUGUUAAAAACAUUUUCUAUACUCCUCCUACACAACACUACCUAUGGGGGUUUUGAAGAAAUUGUAAAGUAAAGGCAACUCGAAACAAAACCAGUUUGGUGUGCAAAGAAAUGCUAGAUACUCUGUUCCUGCUGAGUGAAAAGGCUGCCCAAGAUAAGAUGCAAAAAAGUGUUGAAUUUCAGUUCUAGCCAUCUACAUGGCUAUCAAACAGUAAGUUCAGAAUGUCUGGCUUUAUACACGUAAUGGCAAUGAUAAAGGAGAGUAUCGUCUUUUUAGUUUUUGCUUGUUUUUUUUGGGGGGGGUUUGUGUACAACACAUUCCAAAAUUAAAACUGCCAAAUUUGUGAUAAACAAUUGACAUUCAGUGCUAAAGCUAGAGUAUACCUUGAUUCUCAAGCUUGUGCUCAUGCCACUUGUGAAAGCAGGGUUUCUUAAAAAAAAACUUUAUUGUAUGAGUCACAUUUUCUUGGAUUAUCAACACUCCCACAGAAGUUAAAAUAGACUAAAGUUGAACAGGUCAUAUUAGAAUAUUAAGUGUGGAUCAGAAGAUCAGACCAGUGCUGCAAAUUUUGUAAUAUAAUUAACCAAAAUCCCCUUAGAACAUGUGGUUGAAAAAUUAGCCACUUGAGAAUAUUGGUACAUACUUUUCGUGUGUAGAUUGUCCUCAACUUGUUUAUUCUUUUUUCUCCAAAAAAAGUAUUGUUUGGUACAUUGCUAUAUGUCCAAAUUAACAAUUCAACUCUGAUACUACAGAACUUGAGCAAAAUAUCUUAAAAUUAAUUGUACCUCCAUCUUAGUGAGUCUAUUUGGUGUGAAAGAUAUGAAGAUAUUAAUUACUUCAUUUAAUGAUCAACUAGCUUAAGGUUUAAAGAUUAGAACCAGAAAUUAUUUAGUUACUAAAAGUACAUAACAUAGUAAUGAACAGGCAAGAGGAAAAUUGCUGGUAAUUUGGGUAAAGUAAUAUCAUAUUGAUAUUCUAUUCAUCAAAAUAUAAGGAUUUACACACCGAUGAUACAAGAGAAAAAGCAGAUUUCAGUUGAGGUAUGUUCACAAUAGACUUUAUCUGAUAGAUCCCUGUUCCCCCAAAAAUUAAGAGCCAAACACCAUCAAAGCUUGAUUUAGGUAUACUUUAUGCAUAGGAGAUAUAAUUUGUAAAUUGGUACAUAAACAACAAGUGUGACAAAGACUUUUUUCUAUGUUUCCAUUCUUCAAUACAUGGGAUAUAGGCUAGCAGAUAAAUUCAAAAUAAGGAAGGAUGGAAAAUAAGUCAUUAAUAAAGUGUUUUUAGGGGAAGCUGGAGUUACCCCUUUGAGAAGUCACAGCCUUUGAAACAUGAGAUCUAGCUUUGUCAAACAGCUGUCCACUAAUGAGGCAAUUUACAUAUUUUAGCAGAUGUUGAAUGUCUACUCUAUCACUCCUUUAAAAGAAGAAACAGAAUUUAUGUAUUUUGCGGCUGUGGGAUGUGUGCAAUGUAUGAAUAAAACCAUAUCUAUGUGAAAUUUGUAGCACAUCAGAUAAAAAAUGAUUGUCAUGAUUUGAUAAAUAUCAUUACAGAAUCAGAACCAGACUUGGAACUUUUUUUAAAAUCAAUAUAGUUAUUCAAUUAAGAUUUUCUUUUACUUGGAAUGUGUUCCAAAAGUAGAUGAAUUUUCUUUAUCUGGUAUUAUUACAUCAUAAUUUCAUUUAAGCUCCUCAAGGCUAUACAAAGUGAGUUUUUUUUCAAUUCAAAGGUUUAAACAUUUCUGAAGCAAAAGAAGCUACUGCUUGUUUAGUAAAAAUCAGUGGAGUGUGAAGUUACUUUGUAAACAUUUCAAUGAAAGACUUGUUGUAGAUAUAAGCGAGAGCUUCUGAUCAGCAUCACAGAUAGAAAGGUUUAUGUGUGCAGAUAUAACAAAACAACUAAACAGUACCAACUUGAGAUCUUUUUGAGCAAAUUGGCAAAAAAAAGACCAGACAAGGUGACCACUACAAAAAACCAAAUAACCAUCAAAAGAUUAAAUGUCCAAUUUCUGGGGCCUAGUGGUAUAUGCAAAAAAUGUUUUCCACUCAUUUCUUUUCAUUUAGCCAAAGGAAAAUGACACUUUUUCGAGAUUUUGAUGAAGUACUGUUGUGUAUCAUUGUUUGUGCAUCAAGUAGCAUAGAGUAUUAAUGCAUUACUGGAACAUUAACAGAUAAAACAUCAAGAAUUUUAGAAACAAAUACUACAAAAUUGGUGGUAAAUCAAAGUUUCACAAGUGUAAUAGAAUGUUUGCUUCCAUUUCACAAGAGAAAAUGAAAAAAAAAAUAAACUUUGCACUAAAGCAUUGGAAAAUUA